AGACCUCGGGUUUUAGUACCAAAUCCCAAGCAACCAAACUAAUCUGUUUUAAAGCAGAUAUUUUCGUCAAGAGUUGAUUUUAAAUGAUUGACGACAGGAUUGGCUUGGGUUUCGUCCUCAACUUGUAACGAACCACCGCUAAUUAUACAGGUGUGCGUUAUAGCACCUCAGCAUGGCUGUGGUCAUCCGUUUGCAGGGCCUCCCUAUUGUGGCGGGCACCAUGGACAUUCGCCAUUUCUUCUCCGGUCUGACAAUCCCGGAUGGUGGCGUGCAUAUUGUAGGGGGUGACCAUGGUGAAGCUUUUAUCGUGUUCGCAACAGAUGAAGAUGCAAGGCUUGGAAUGAUGCGCACAGGGGGAACGAUCAAAGGUUCCAAAGUGUCCCUCUUACUUAGCAGCAAAACUGAGAUGCAAAACAUGAUCGAGUUGAGCCGCAGGCGUUUCGAAACUGGAAAUGCAGAUGGGGCUUCAGGAAAUAGUAAUAGGUCAGGGCCUCCCAAUAUUACUGGAGGAACUGAAAGGGGUAGCUUGCCAACCACUGCACAAGGUUUUAGUAAUACCACUUCAACAGCAACCACAGCUGUCUCUGUUAAUGAGCCAGUAAGCAACAAAAGUGCUCCAAGCUUUCCCUCUACAACUGUAGGUAACAUGCCUACAAACUUUAAUAAUUUCAGCAGCCCAAAUCUUAGCAUGGGGUCGACCAUGACUACUGCCAUGUCCUCCUUAAGUACUGUACCUCCUCCAAUACCCCCCUUGCCUACAAUGCCAACCUUACCCCCUAUGCCACCCAUGCCAGUACCACCACCAGUGUCCACAUUACCCCCAGUACCAACUGUAAACCCUUUAACAUCGGUGCCACCAGUUCCUCCCAUGGCUCACAUGCCACACCUCUCAGCACUCCCUCCUUUUAAUCCUGGUGUUCCCCCGCCAGUUGGACCUGUUGCUGCCUCAGGACCACCUUUGUCCCUUGGAAGUCCAAAUGCAAUGUUUCUUAACCCCCUAAACCCUUUAAAUCCACUUAGUCUCCAGGCCCAUUUAAAAUCGCAACUAAUGAACCCUGACGAGUUGUACAUACAAGUACAUGGUCUUCCUUACAGUACGUCUGAAAUUGAAGUUGGAGAUUUUUUUCAUGGAUUACCGAUUGACUCUAUUCGAAUACUUCGAGAUGGUCUUGGCAGGAGCAGUGGCAGGGCUUUGGUUAAAUUUUUUACACCCCAAGAUUCCUUUGAAGCUCUUAAACGAAACGCUGGCAUCAUAGGCCAAAGGUAUAUUGAAAUAUCUCCUUCUUCAGAGAGACAAUGGAGAGAUGCUCUCGGAGCAGGUGUGGAGCAGCUUAAAGUUAGUAUCGACUCAGAACAGAGUCGCCAUCAUCGUGGAAGCGUUACUUCCGCUUCCCCUUCUAGUCGAGAUCGUGCUAGGUCACGGUCACCUCAUAAACAAGAGUUCUGUGUGUAUUUAAAAGGGCUCCCAUAUGAAGCAGAAAAUAAACAGAUAUUUGAGUUUUUCAAAAACCUGGACAUUGUUGAAGACAGCAUUUACAUUGCAUAUGGACCCAAUGGGAGGGCGACAGGGGAGGGCUUUGUUGAGUUUAGAAAUGAAAUGGACUACAAAGUUGCUCUUGGAUGCCACAUGCAGUACAUGGGAAGUCGAUUUAUACAAGUGCACCCAAUCACAAAAAAAAACAUGUUUGAAAAGAUUGAUGCAAUUCGCAAAAGAAUGCAGGGCUCCCAGGGGGAUCAUAAAGGAAGCUCAUCUGAGGGUGGGAAGGGUGCUCGAACUUGUGCUCACAUAACAAAUAUUCCCUAUAAUGUGUCAAAGAAAGAUGUACGUCUGUUUUUAGAUGGAAUUCAAUUGUUUGAAGACAGCCUGAAAGUACUAGUUGAUGGAAAUGGUAAUGGCCUUGGCCAAGCGGUGGUGCAGUUUAAAUCCGAGGAAGAUGCUCACAAAGCUGAACGAUUGCACAGGCAAAAGUUAAAUGGCAGAGAUGCUUUUGUCCACUUGGUAACAUAUGAGCAGAUGAAGGAGGUUGAAAGAAACCCUCCCCCUCAGUCAAAGCGGGGACAAAAAGCUCAAAAUAAUUCCCUUGCACAUGCGCAUGCCCAGGCGCAAGCCCAAGCUCAGGCCCAAGUGCAGGCACAAAUCCAAGCUCAAGCACAGCAUGCUUUCCCAGGAAUGACUGGGGAGGAGUUCAAUUUUCUUAGAAGUGCUGUAGGUAACCUUGGCAAUGGCCCUCCUUUUGUCAACCCAUUUGCUGCCCCAGGUAAUGGCUUAGCAGGCCCACCACCUCUGCCUCCAUUAGGUGCAGCUUUGGGUGAUGUUUCUCUUUCUGUUCCUCCCCCUAUUGUUGGUGGGCACUUACCAGGGCCUGUCCUGGAACCCCCUGUUUUCCGCCCUGGUAGCAACAGUGCGCCUCUUGGUUUUGUUGGUGCCCCAGAGAGCUUAAGAAGCAUGCCAUCAUUUGAUAAUGGAUCUUCAAGAAAAGGUGCAGGUCAAAAUCGUGGUGGAAACCAAAAUCGUUCUGCAAGUUCUCAGCCUGCCUUUGGACCAUCCUCUGAAAGUCCAAGGCCAUCAACCACUGGUGGUGCAGGGAACCCACGACCCACCAUCGUUAAAAUUCAAAAUAUGCCUUUUACUGUCACGGUUGAUGAAAUAUUAGAUUUCUUCUAUGGUUAUAAAGUGUUGCAUGGCUCGGUGUGCCUUCAGUUUAGUGAGAAAGGGCUGCCUACAGGAGAGGCAAUGGUCGCAUUUGAUUCCCAUGAUGAAGCAAUGUCUGCUGUUAUGGACUUAAAUGAUAGGCCUAUUGGUGCAAGAAAAGUAAAAAUCACUAUGGGAUGAAGGAAAUCAUGACAAAAUGGACAUGCAGUAAGCUUAGAGUGGUGUAACAACUUUUUUUAAAUCUGAUGAUGGUAGAUUAAUCACGAAGGUAGAUCCAAGAGAAAUAAAAUUAUGUUGACUCUUUUAAAGUGUGAUUGUAGCAAACUAUGAAGGGGUGGUUUAUUGUUACUGUCUUUGUCUAAAAUGCUUGAGAGUGGGAUUCAUUCAUGUGAGAGGUGAGGGUUUGUAGAAUCCCUUAUUGCUGACUGAUGGCUAUGCUGUCAUUUCUUUGGCCAAUUUCUUCUCUUUCUCUGAUUCCCUCUCUGUUCAUAUACUUUUCCCAAGUCUAGUUUUUGACCUUUUGCGCUACAUGUGCCGUAUAUUUUGUGGUUUAUGCUUUUUCAGAUUUGGGGUACACCUAAUUCUGCCAUGGAUGGUGUGUAUGCCCUUAAAAAGAACUUACCUUUCUAUUUAGUUAUAUUUUCACUCUAGGCAGUAAAUGCAUGAAAGGGUUUUGUCAGUUGAUGUUCCACUUUGAGUGCAAGGUAUAUUAGGAAUAAUUUUUACCUGUGAGAAACACAAGAUGAUGAAUGCGAUGACUUUAUUCACUGUAAAUGGAUAAGCAGCAUUGUUUAAUAAAUGCAGCAAUGUAAUGUUUUGUAAAUGAAAGCUUUACACUCUUCUUUUUAACUGCUCUCCAUCAUGUGUAUGUGUAUUCAACUUACUUUAUUGCCGUGACUUAUGGUAGCAGUGUUGCUGGUUUUUUUCCUUUUUUUUUUUUCUUUCUUUCUUAAGCUUUGCAAUUAUUUUGGUAUUAUUUGCCAUUGUACAUAUUUUUCCAGCAUAGUAACUAUUUUGUCAAUAAAAUGACAUUCCUGAACUUUUGAAUUUGCAAGGUAUUGUAUUUUUCCCCUGUUCUUCUUGUCCUCUUUCACUCAACAAAUAAACAAUAAAAAUUGUUUUCCUCUGCUGACUUGGAUGUUUCACAUGUUCCCCUAAAGUUGUAUGAAAUCCACAUUUUCGCUUUUUUGUGUCAGUCUAUUUUUGUUUGUUUUUUUGUUCGUUUUACAAAAAGCCAUGAAUUGUUCUGAAAUGAAAAGGUGUUUCUUGAAAAACAACCUAUUUCUUAAUUUAUUUCUUAUUUCAACUUGUUUGCAUCAUGUUUUAAAAUGAAUUUGUUAUAUUUUGGAAAGAUGAAUUUGAUAAGUUUUAAUAAUGUUAAUGUGCAAAACUAGCUGAAACUUGUAAACAAGCAGCAUCUGUUCUACUUUUGUAGUAUACUUGGCUAUGGACAAUGAUGCUGUGGAUUGCAUGCUACAGAGCCACAGUUUUUUCCAGAGUUAGUUAUGGGUUUAACCAUCUGAAUUACUAUAUAUUAUAUUAUAUAUUUGGAAGCGUUUUUAAUGUUGACCCAAACCCACAGCAUGUAUUCAUCUGGAGUGGGUCUGUAUGCGUUUGUUUUGUGAGAAAAGACUUUUUUUUUUUUUUUUGCUUCUUCAUGAAGCAUUUGACUAAAUAUACCAGUCCAUGAUCACCUCCUGUACUGCUAAUGCUUCCAGAGAGUUGCACCCAUGAAAAAGAUCCAUAAUUAAAGAUGCAUUAUUAA